AUGUCAUCGCCGACAAGCUCCUCAGGGUCGUCAGCACCCCCGAGCCCGUCGCCGUCGCAGAAACCCAAAAAAUCGCCACCAAAGCCACCAAAACCGACAUCCACAAUGCCAUCAGAAUUCACAGCCCAAACGCCACCGUCUGCACCAGAAUGGCUCAAACCCUGCCACGAUCCCACCACACCCUCCUUAGUCUCCGGAGCCAUCUCCCUCCCCAGCUACACCUACUCCACACCCUCUGUGUAUCCACCACCCGUGACUAACUCCUCCGUGCACAACCACCCCCUCUACCCAUAUUCGUACAAUCCCCCUUCGACCAUCCCCUCCCAGCCGCUCACCCGCAAACCCGUCCCAAGACGCCUCCCGACGAAGGCGGACUUCCUCAAGAACUGCGUCACGCUGGCGAAAGAGGGGGAUAGGUACAACGACGACAAGUGCGCGUUCUGCUGGACGGGGUACGAUGUCGCGCAUCCGGGUGUGAAGAUCGAGCCGUGCGGACACGUCUUCGGCGCGGCGUGUUUGGAGCAGAUUGUGGAAGGUGAGAAUCUGUGUCCGAAGUGUAGGGUUCCGCUUUUUGAAAGGGAGAGGACGAUGAGGUAG